CCUUUCUAAUUUCUAUUUUCUGCACCAUCGUUAUAGCCCGUUUGUCGAAAAGGAAAAGUUGUUAGAUCCCAGGUCGAAGAGAUGGAACUAAAACCAGGUUUAUCGGCUCUUGUAACCGGGGGAGGCUCAGGAAUCGGUAAGGCACUUUGCUUGGCUCUUGGAAAGGAAGGCAUUUUUGUGACAGUUGCAGAUUUAUCUGAAGAAAAGGGAAAAGAAGUUGCUUCAUUGGUUGCAAAAGAGAAUGCCAAGUUCCAUCCCAAGCUAGAAUUUCCUUCAGCUAUGUUCAUUAGGUGUGAUGUGACUAAUACUAGAGAGACAGCUGCUGCUUUUGAGAAGCAUUUGGAAACAUAUGGAGGGCUGGAUAUCUGCAUCAACUCUGCUGGAAUAAGCAAUCCUUUACCCUUCCAUAAAGAUAAAACUGAUGGCACUGGUUCAUGGAGACAUACUAUACAUGUAAACCUGAUAGGAGUUAUUGAUUGCACUCGCCUUGCGAUUCAAACCAUGCAAACUGCACAAAAGCCUGGUGUUAUUAUAAAUAUGGGAUCUGCUUCAGGUCUUUAUCCUAUGUAUGGUGACCCUAUAUACUCUGGGUCCAAAGGUGGUGUGGUUUUAUUUACUAGAUCACUUGCUCCAUACAAGCGUCAAGGAAUUCGUAUCAAUGUGCUUUGCCCUGAGUUUGUUCAAACUGAGCUGGCAUCAAAGGUGGAUUCAAGAUUUAUUGAUUUAAUUGGAGGUUUUCUGCCCAUGGAAAUGAUUGUCAAAGGUGCUCUUGAGCUUAUAAAAGAUGAGAGUAAAGCUGGUUCUUGUUUGUGGAUAACGAAACGCAGAGGCAUGGAGUAUUGGCCCACACCCAUGGAGGAAUCAAAGUACUUGGUGAAUAUUUCAAACUUAAAAAGAAGGUUCUCGUACCCUAUGCAAUUUAGUUUUCAAGUUCCCUCAAGUUUUGAGAAAGUAAUUGUUCACACCUUGAGUCACAAUUUUCGUUCUGCAACUAGCAUUGUGCGUGCACCCUUGAGAUUACCCAUCAAACCACGUCAUGUCCUUGUUAAGAUCAUUUAUGCAGGUGUAAAUGCCAGUGAUGUUAAUUUUAGCUCUGGCCGUUAUUUUGGGAGCAAUGACAAAGAACCGGCUUCCCGUCUUCCAUUUGAUGCUGGCUUUGAGGCUGUGGGAAUAAUUGCUGCUAUAGGGGAUUCAGUCUCUGACUUGAAAAUAGGCAGUCCAGUUGCACUUAUGACCUAUGGAAGCUAUGCCGAAUUCAUGGUGGUUCCUUCAAAACACAUUCUUGCUGUGGCACGACCAGAUCCAGAGGUUGUGGCUAUGCUUACUUCAGGACUUACAGCAUCAAUUGCAUUAGAAAAGGCAGCACAAAUGGAAUCUGGGAAGGUAGUUCUUGUUACUGCUGCUGCAGGAGGGACAGGACAGUUUGCAGUCCAGCUUGCAAAGUUAGCUGGAAAUAUGGUUGUUGCAACUUGUGGAGGUGAACAAAAGGCUGCACUAUUGAAGGAUUUGGGGGUAGAUUGUGUCAUCAAUUACAAAACUGAAGACAUCAAAACGGUCCUUAAGAAGGAAUUUCCCAAAGGCAUUGAUAUUAUAUAUGAAUCUGUUGGUGGCGAGAUGUUAGAUCUCUGCUUGAAUGCACUAGCGAUCUAUGGACGGCUUGUUGUAAUUGGGAUGAUUUCUCAGUAUCAAGGAGAGCAUGGAUGGAGGCCUUCAAACUAUACUGGUCUGUGUGAAAAGAUUUUAGCAAAAAGCCAAACUGUGGCUGGCUUUUUUCUAGUCCAGUAUAGUCACUUGUGGCAACAACAUCUUGACAGGCUUUUUCAUCAUUUCUCCUUGGGAAAGCUUAAGGUUACCAUAGACCCAAAGAAGUUUUUGGGUCUUCAGUCUGUUGCAGAUGCUGUUGAAUAUCUCCACUCCGGCAAAAGUGUUGGCAAGGUGAUUGUGUGCGUUGAUCCUACUUUCAGUCCCCAAGUGGCAAAAUUAUGAGGUUAUGGCAUUAAAUGAUCCGUUACUAACUAUUGUGGAUGAUCAACACAAAAGUAAGUGUAUCUUGCCUAUGAAGUUCUUUGUUUACCGAAGUCAAACCAAUGAAAUUCCUGCUUUGGUGGAAAUAAAAGUCAUGGAAAAGAAAUUUUUCUUUGUUUACCAAAGCCAAACGAAUGAAUUUCUUGCUUUUUUGAUGGAGCAGAUAUAUUUGUUGGUACACACUACACAGUACACUCAUUGUGUCUUGAGGGUUUAGUUUGUAUGAAAACAUCAAAAUAUUUUGUGAUAACAACAGCUAAUGUCAAGCAUAUUGCAUA